AAAUAUUUCCCCAUCCUUUCCUUUCGUAAUUAUUUUCCUCUUAAACGCCAAUGUAUCCAUAGGACUCGUCCCGAAGAGCACAUUUUAAUACAUGGUUUGGUUGCAUUUUCAAUGUGCUGUGCGUGCUGGGGCGGGCUGGAUUUGCGUGAGCGGGGCCGGAUCUCAGUGCGGUGAUAGAGCUCGCGCAGAGCGGCUGUGCGGAAGUUCUUUCAUCCGCGCUGCAGAAGGGGCUUCGCCCUCGAGAUUAGCUUUUCUCGUACCAAGUUUCGCUUGGACGAACGCAAACGAAGUGGAACUUCUUCAUUCUGUGUUUUAGCUUGCAUUUUUGUCGUUCGCUACGAGCUAGCGCCCAUUACCGUCGGGUAAUGGCACGGCCAAGCCACAGUGAGCAUGUCCUGCAGCAACUCAACAACCAAAGGGAGUGGGGUUUCCUCUGUGACUGCUGUAUUGCCAUAGGGGACAUUUAUUUCAGGGCCCAUAAGGCUGUGCUGGCAGCCUGCAGCUCUUACUUUAGAAUGAUGUUCAUCAGGGACCAGCAGGGAACUGCACGAUUUGAUCUCAGCAACAUGCAAAUCAGCGCAGAGUGCUUUGAUCUCAUACUGCAACUCAUGUACCUUGGCCGCAUCGCUGUGGAUCACUAUGAGUUUGAGGAGCUGAAAUCCUCCAUGGCCUACCUACAAAUGUACUACAUCCCUGACUCCCUUGAGGACCUCAGAGACAUUCGGACAUCCAAUCUGACACCUUCAUCCUCAGCAUCAUCCUCUUCAUCAUCUAGCUCUCUAUCCUCAUCCAGCGUAGUGGGAGGUAAGAUGAUGUUUGGUGUUCGAAUGUUUGAGCAGCAGAGGCCAAGCCCUGCUGAGACUGAGCAUGCUCCAACGGCUUCAACCACAACUACUCAUCAGAACAUUAACAUCUCAACUGUCAGGCCUGCUGAUGAUGUGGUCAUACCACAUGCUCCACCACAUUCAGAAACCAUUGUAGACCAGCCGUGUGACUUAAGGAAGAGGACUUCGGGCCGAAGCUCUGCCAUGAAAGAACGUCCUCGGUUUGGUCGCACUUACACAUGUGAUGAUUGUGGCUUUGUCUUCAGCUGUGAAAAGCUGCUCAUAGAACACAUCCUUACAUGCACUAAUCGCAAAGCUUUCCAGUCACCCAAAGUCAGCAAAGAGGUUUAUAGUGACACAGGCAAAGCAGAGAGUUCAGCCUCAGAGGGGACAGAUGAGCAUAGAGCAAUUUGCAAGGGGGAAGACGACUGGCCAGACCACAAGCCAGACACAGAUACCGUGAUCAGGUCUGUCUCCACUGGUGUGGACAAUGAAGCUGCAUACUCCAGGAAUAUAACCAUUAAAGUCGAACGAGAUGAUGAUUCUGAGACAGACUUAGAAACUAUAAAAGUAGUAAAGGUAGGAAACCAUAAUGUAGGGAGUUGCAAAGUUCAUAGCAGGGCAUACAGAGAUAGUGUUGCAGACCAAAUUAAAAUUGAUAAUACGGAAGAGGCUGGAGGAUCUGCCAUUGAUGGUACCACCAAUGCUUUGGAAGGUCAAGGUAAGGAGUUAGGCAUAGACGCAAAGGUGCAAAGGAUCAAAGAAGAAAAGCAAGAUGAAUCAUGCAUUCCGUGUGAAUUGUGUGGAGCCCUGCUGACAGACGAGGAUCAGUCUGCUCAUUACAUCUCCAGCCACAUGGGACAUAUAUGUGCCUGUGGAAGGUGUGGCCAAGUGCUCAUUAAAGGCAGGCAGCUGCAGGAGCAUGCCGAGCGCUGUGGUGAGCCCCAGGGAAUUGAGACUGACUCCCCAGGUGAGGAUUCACCUAUCCUUGAAGAUGGCGAGGCUAUGGAAGAGGGUUUGCUGGAAGGAGCAGACCUGGGCUUUCGAUGUCCUCUCUGUGGUUUGAUAUUUCAAAAUGAAAGUCUUGCUGUGGAGCACACAUUGGCUUGUCCUGAACAGGAACCUUUCCGCCCUGUCCUGUUGGACGACGGUGGCGAGCCUGACCAUCGGCGCAAGCAUUUCUGUGCCAUUUGCGGAAAAGGCUUUUACCAGAGGUGUCACCUACGGGAGCACUACACUGUGCACACCAAGGAGAAGCAGUUUACCUGUCAAACCUGCGGAAAACAGUUUCUGCGCGAGCGACAGCUUCGGCUGCAUACUGACAUGCACAAAGGAAUGGCACGAUAUGUCUGCCCUGUGUGUGACCAGGGUACUUUCCUCAAACAUGAUCAUGUGCGACACAUGAUCUCUCACCUGUCAGCCGGAGAGACUAUCUGCCAGGUGUGUUUCCAGAUUUUCCCCAGUAGUGAGCUCCUGGAGAAGCAUAUGGAUGUACAUCUGUACAUCUGUGGUGUGUGUGGAGAGAAAUUCCGCCUCCGCAAAGACAUGCGGAGCCACUACAACUCCAAGCACACCAAGAGACAAUGAGAGGCAGAUUUGACAGCAUACACUCUGCAAAUUAAUCUUUGAAAUAAGCCAUACUGUAAAUGUGAGGUCCAAUCUAUGCACUUCAGACACCAACUGUAACCUUUAAACUGCACUUUCUAUCUGUAUGCGAUUCUGAAUUCUGUUGCUCAAUGUUUUUGGUGUGAUUAUAAUGCCUCAAGCUUUUGUCCUCAGUUUCAUAUGAGAUCUUGCAUGUAGAGAUGGAUAUCCAUAUAAAGCCUAGACAUCAACUAAAUGACACUAUUACUGGUGUUGCAGUUGAAAAUGCUUAUUUAAUGCUUAUUAAAUGCCUAUUAGUUAAUGCUUGAUCUGUACUUAUGAAUCUGCCUUGUGGCUGAUAGAUUUACAGCUCUCAUUUGCAGCAGAAAGUAUAAGUCUAUGUCCAUCCAGUAUGCUAUAUAAAUAAUUUUUAAAUAAUUUCUGUUCAUGAAGCUUUAAUGAUGGUGCACAUUGGCUUAAGUUUAUUUUAAAACAUUUUAUCUUAGUAUUUAAGAGAACGUUUCUCAAAGGGGUCAUUUUUUGUUUUGUUUUUUGGUGGUGCUCUUAUAUUCCUAGUGAACACAGCAAGCACAAAUGUCUUCAUCCAUUCUGCUUUCAUUUUGUCAUUAUUUCAAGUAGCUCUGGUAUCAUUACUUAAAUGGUUCUAAUUUUCCAUGCUCAUUUGCCCUUAAGGCAAAGAGAUAAUAAUGGAGAAUAUAUUAUGCAACCUACACUGAUCCUUUUCCCCCUUGUUACCAGAACACUAAAAAUACUGCAUUUGAUAAAAAGGAGAGAAAAACACUCCUGUUGAUGCUUUCAGCUAGUUGUACCUGCUUAACAAUCACACAUAAAAAACCCAGUAAUCUAUGCAAACUUUUGUAAAUGUAACCCCAGUUAAGUGCACACAGAGAUGAUGAUAAACCAAGUGUCACAAUUGUUGUUUAUAGUUAUAUCAUUAUCCCAAAGAUUUCCAUGUGCUAUUCAUCUAAACAAAAAUUUGUUGUUCUCCUUAGCUAGCUAUUUCUAAUGAGGAUUACAUGUUAUACAAUACUUAUUAUUAGCCUACACUGUUUUUAUUCAGAGCUAUUAAACUGUAUCAAAAUGCUUUUGAUUGAGGGCCAGUCUAAAGCUUAAUGGGCUUUAAAGAGGUCUUAACGUUCACAUUAAUAUAUCAAACCUUACGUAGAAUUAUUGUGGCAAAGUCUUGAUGUGUAUUUGAGAAUAAGGAAAUACCAUAUAAUGCUUGCACAUGGGUGUAGGGUAAAUUAUUACAUUUUUACAUAAAAGCUUUUCAGCAAUCGUUAACGUGUCUAAAAUGUCCAGUGAAAUAGCUUGGUUGGUUUUGCGUUUUGUUUGCUUUAAAGUGUAGCUUUUCAUGUGAUCAUACAGAUUAAUCUAGACACAAUGAAUGGUUCGAUUAUUAACACGUGCCCUGCCUAAAUUUGGGACAAUGCUCCACACUUUAGUUUGAAACAAGUAGGCCCAUCCAAGUAAACUAACCAUUUUAAGGUUGCGUGUAAAUGUUAACGUAAUGUUUGAAUUGUGUGAAAGUACUGUAUAUCAAGACUAUGUGAGAGUGGAGUUUAUGCAGUUUACAUGUUGUCUUUAUUGUUAUUAAACUAAAAGUUGAGUUGAAAUUAAGGUCCAAAGCAUCCACAAGUAAUGAUCAUUUACAGACAGCUCAGGCAUUUGCACUGGGCAUCCAGCAGUGUAAUUGGUUCAUCUUAUGAUCUGAUUCUGGUGAAAAUAUAUUUGAGAUUGGAACAUCACUAUUGCAAGGAAUAACUCAACUGCAUAUCAUUUUUUAGCUUUUUAAAAUGUCCUUAAGUGUUUCGUAUGCUCUUGGAUUUAGAAACGUUAAAUAAAAAAGUUUAAAUAU